CACAGGAAUUGUCUUUAUCUUGAAGCUUGGAAGAAAUUACCUGUAAAGUCUUCUAGUACUGGAGCCUUCUUGGAGGGUAGUUGGCUACUUAAAAAUUUUUUUUUUCUGUGGUUAGUCAUUUAUUUAGUUUAUCAGCUUCUUUUUAGGUCAGUUUUGGCAAUUGAUACUUUCCCAGCACAUCAUUCUUUUCAUCCAGAUUUUCAAAUAUUUUGGUUUAAAAUUCUACAUGAAGAGAGAAAGAAUACUAAAUCUCCUGUGUAUUUGAGUAUAUCCCUUGUACUUUCUCCUUCAUCCCAGCAGCAAAUGCUGGAGCCCUCCUUUUUCAGAUCUGGUAUUGGUUUAGCUGUUUUCAGCCUCAUGGCCCAGCUCUUAGUGCCCUGAUUUGGGGUUAUUCUUAGAUUCCCGGGGAAGAUUUCCUUUUGAUGGCCUUCUCUUUGUUUGUAGGGGAUUGUAGGUUCCUUGGCGCUGUUUCCUCUCAGUGAGUGCCUUUGCUCUUUCGCUUACAGAAUUUCUACUGUGAGAUCUGCCGUUGCUCAUAAUGGCAGGUGAAGAAAUUAAUGAAGACUAUCCAGUAGAAAUUCAUGAAUAUUUAUCAACAUUGGAGAAUUCCAUUGGUGCUGUGGAUGAGAUGCUGAAGACCAUGAUGUCUGUUUCUAGAAAUGAGUUGUUGCAGAAGCUGGAUCCACUUGAACAAGCAAAAGUGGAUUUAGUUUCUGCAUACACAUUAAAUUCAAUGUUUUGGGUUUAUUUGGCAACUCAGGGAGUUAAUCCUAAGGAACAUCCAGUAAAGCAGGAAUUGGAAAGAAUCAGAGUGUACAUGAACAGAGUCAAGGAAAUAACAGACAAGAAGAAGGCUGGCAAGCUGGACAGAGGGGCAGCUUCAAGAUUUGUGAAAAAUGCCCUAUGGGAACCCAAACCUAAAAAUGCAUCAAAAGGUGCCAAUAAAGGAAAAAAGUAAAAACUGAAACUUUUUGGUUUUGAUGGACACAUAUUCAAAAAGUACAUCAUUUUUAUUGUUUUCCACAAAAGAUAUGAUGCCUAAUGGGGCACUGCAAGGUUUAAAUGUAGUCCUUAUUGAAUUCAUAUAUAAAAUUGGACACUUGAAACUUGUAAUGCUAAAUAGUUUCUUUUUUUUCCAGAAAGAUUAAGUUAUGUUUACUGAUUGUCCUGUAGAGAGCUAUGAGGUUUUUAACAUUGUGGUAUAUAUUAUACUUUACCAUCUCUUGAUGAAACUCUUGAUUUCCUUGCAUGGUCAAAAUCUUUGAAGUACCAUUUUAUAAACAAUUGUGAGAUUUAAGUUAUAUAUUUGUAAACAUUUGUACUAUUUUAAAUGUACCUGAUGAAAUGUGCUAUCUGAAGGCUGUUUUCACUAUAUAAUAUGUCUGUUUUCACUGUAUAAUAUUAAGAAAGAAUGAAAUGACUUAAAUGUCCAUUUUUUUCUGUAUAGUUACUUUAUCAUGUUUUCAUGAUUUUAGGAAUUAUUGCUUUUUUAAAAAAUAUUUGAGGCGUGAAAUUAAAAAACUUUAAGGUUAUAAUUUACUUCUUGGCAUUUUGCCUCUAUGUCCCAUUUAAAAUAAAAUACAUUUUCAUUAAGUUUAGAUGGGAAAUGAGGUUGUAUGCUGCUGGCUGAAUUUUGGCAUAAUGGCUAUACCCUAUCAGUAAAAGUAUAGCUAACUUGUUUAUUUUUCUCUUGAAGAAAUUUACCUUCCAAAUUAGGAAGAUAGGUUUCAGAAAUCAUCAUGAAUGGAGAAAUUCAUGGAUUUUUGUUCUUAAUGCAUAAUACCUCAGGUAACUGCCCGUAGUUCUCUCGAUCUAAUUUUUUCGUAUUUUUUGCUUGUGUGUUUUUGAGGCUAUGUUAAGUACAUACAAGUGUUUUGAAAGAAUUUUCUAUGCUACAUAAUGCCACUUAAACAGAAGGAGAAAUCCGAAGGAGAUUACAUUGUGUUUAUAUUCUGAUUUAUUUUUCUGGAAUAUUGGCUACAGAGAAUUCUACAUACUAAACUUUUUUUUUUAUGUCUAAGCCCAUGAAUUUUAAUUAUAUGCCCGUAAUGCUUUCAGUCUUUGAAUCCACAUCAUUAUGUGCAGGAAUGCCAAGUACAGUAAAGUACUUUAAUUUUUGAAAAAGGAGUUGUUAAAAUUUUCUGUGUGAUUAAUUCUCCAUAAGUAACCCUGAAUAAAUGGGUUUCUUGAUUUAUGGUAGCAGAUAUUGGAAAUGGUCUUAAAAUGUAAUGGGUUUUGUAAAGCAUGUUGAACUCUUUCUGUGACACAUGAAGUGGAAGUCACGGAGAGAGGCAGAAAGUCUCUCCUGGCUCUGAUGUCAGACAAUUUUUGAAGUGGAAGAAUAUUUAUAGUUAUUUCACUUCUAUCCUUUCAAAUUUCCAGCUAUUUAAAGUCGCUUCUUCAUGAGAGAAAUAAGUGUUGUCAUUAAGAUCCAGCGCAGUAUACGUGUCUUUGUGUCAUUUAUUGCAGAGAAGCCUGUAAUUUGCAUUUCUGUGUAUUUUCUCAAUUCAUAAAGAAAAAAGGGUUAAGUGGAAAAUGUCCCACAGCUGCAGAAAAUCACUAGCCAGAUUAUCGAUUUGUGAAAGUCUAACUCUAUGUUCUGUUAAAUUGGAGAUUGUUAAGUAAUUCUUUCAAUGUUUAUUUUAGAAAUAAAAAAUGAUUUUCAUGUA